AUGGAUCUUGUGCCAUGGCUGAUCUUUCUUCUCCUCGCCUUAUUCUCGAAUCCCUUCUUUGUCUAUUCUUCUUCUUCUUCUUCUGCAAGCCGUUACAUUAUUCAAGUCGAGGAGCCCAUUGAGCCGCAGCUUACGGAAGCGAGCCUCAAGAGCUGGCAUGAGUCUUUCCUGCCGUCGACUGUCGAGGAGUCUGGCGCCGAUCAACGACUGCUGCACUCCUACAGCGACGUCCUCAACGGGUUCGCCGCCAUGCUCACGGAGGAUGAGCUUCAUGAGGUGGGGAAGAAGAGGGGCUUCGUGCUGCCCCUGGUCACCACUCACACGCCAGAUUUCCUGGGGCUCAAGGUUGAGAAGAAGGGGCUGUGGAACGACUCGAAGCUCGGGAGUGGUGUCAUCAUCGGAGUCCUUGACACCGGCGUGACGCCCGGACACCCUUCCUACGACGACGAGGGAGUCCCGCCUCCGCCCUCCAAGUGGAAGGGCCGGUGCGAUCUCGAGACCGGUUGCAACAACAAGCUCAUCGGCGCUAGGUCGAUGUUCAAAGGUAUGGGUGGGAGACCUCCCAUUGAUGAGUACGGGCAUGGGACCUGCACAUCCUCCACUGUCGCAGGUAACUUCGUCCGCAAUGCGAGCUACUUCGGCUUGGCCAAUGGCACGGCCGCUGGGAUGGCCCCUCGGGCUCACCUCGCCAUCUACCAGGUUUGCCAUAGCUACGGUUGCAAUGUCAGCGACAUCCUCGCGGGGUUGGAAGCGGGUAUCAAGGACGGCGUCGACAUCUUCUCUAUCUCGAUUGGCGGCGGCUCGGCACUGGACCAAGAUCUCAUCGCCAUCGGUUCGUUCGCCGCAGCCAGGAAGGGGAUCUUCGUUAGCUGCGGCGCAGGCAACGAUGGACCUGACAACUUCACCCUCUGCAAUGAGGCACCGUGGGUCCUCACUGUUGCGGCCAGCAGCAUCGACCGAAGCUUUAGGGCCUCCGUGAAGCUUCCCAACGGGAAGGUGAUUCUCGGAGUGUCUCUCGACCAGCCCCGCAACUUCACUAAAAACUCUCUUCCCCUCUACUACUCUACCGAGUCGAGGGCUUGCGACAUGGAUCCACCCGAUGAUAGUCACAGAGGUAGCGUCUGGGUCUGCGAGGCCGAUGGCAGAUUUCCAAAAGAUGUGGCGGCAUUCGUCAAGUCCCAUGGCGCCAGGGCAUUGAUCUAUAUUUCCCCGAAAGUUGAGGCGACCACCAUUCUGAUGACAGAGCUGAACUUCCCUGGAAUAUGGCUCACCUCCCAAGAUGGCUCCGACCUUAUAUCGUAUUUGAUCUCAGCUUCCAACCACUCAGCGUCGAUCAUCUUUAACGGGACAACGGAUCUCGGCAUAUCCCCCUCCCCCGUCGUGGCUUUCUUCUCCUCCCGGGGGCCGUCUAAGACAACGCCGGGAAUCCUCAAACCAGACAUCUCCGGCCCUGGCCUUGACAUCCUGACGGCUUGGAUUCCUUCCGGUGACGCUCCGGAGUAUGCUAUCAAAUCUGGCACAUCCAUAUCGACGCCUCACCUCAGUGGCGUUGCUGCGCUCUUAAAGGCCACACACCCUACUUGGUCACCGGCAGCUAUCAAGUCGGCGAUCCUCACUACGGCAGAUGCUAACAUGUUGGACGAGUUACUAGAACCGGCACUCUAUUUCACCAAGGGCGCAGGACACGUCAACCCUAACAAAGCUGUCGAUCCUGGCCUUAUUUAUGACAUCACUGACGACGACUACAUCUCCUACAUCUGCGGCAAAUUCGGGAAAAAAAGAGCCAGAAUUAUAGCGCGCGGAGUCGUGGACUGCUCGAAGAGAAUGAGGGAAGAAGAACUCAACUACCCGUCGAUUCUGUUGGCCCCGAAAGCCAAGGCGACGGCCAAGACUUUCGUGUCGGCUACUGUCACCCCCAAGACAUUGGCGUUCACUAAGCUGAACGAGCAGAAGUCGUUCACCGUGAGGGUGAAAUGGGGCUCCGGCGGACCUCCCACUUCCGAUAUUAAAUUCGUGGAGGGAAAGUUGACUUGGAUUUCCGAUGAUGGUAAGCAUGUGGUGACGAGCCCAUUGAUCAUCUAUGCUCCGAAGUGA